CGGGCCGAUGAUGGGGGAGGAAGGAGGCUCCCCCCACUCCCCGUGCUGCCGGUGGGCUCUCCCGGCCUGCUCGCGCCGCCCGUUGCCCUUGGUACGGCCGCUGCGUGGGGCCCGGCGGCGGCGAGGAGCGCAGCCAUGGUGAAUUUUGCCCAAGUUGUGCGUGAUCACUGGGUUCACAUCCUCGUUCCCUUAGGAUUUGUGAUUGGAUGCUAUUUGGACAGAAUGAACGAUGAAAAACUGUCAACCUUCCGAAACAAGAGCUUAUUAUAUAGAAGAGAGUUGAAGCCUGGUGAAGAAACAACAUGGAAAUAAAGACUGUUGAUGAAAUGAGGAAUAUUUUCACUUGAUUAAUUAUAUGGAGCAUUCAAAGAAUACAAUUACGGUUUUCAUCUUAAGACUAAUAUAAAGCUACAGAAAAGAACACCUGCAAUCCAUCACUACUAGUUUAAUUUCCAGUCAUACUUUUUGGAAGAUGAUUUAAUUAUAUGACUAAUUUGCAUCCAGGAAGUCUGUAACUGUUGAGAAACUUUUGUCCCUGUAAGUCAUGCUCUGGAAAAAGAGGAUGUAAUAAAGAAAGAAA